CANUGCAGGAGAAGCGACAGAAUAGAGUCAGAGACAGAGGACUGUCGCACUUAUAACUUAUGUGAUGUAAACGCCGAGUGUUUGGCAAAUCCGUCGACACAACGACACCAAUGCUUCUGUAGAGCGGGUUAUAAAGGGAAUGGCAUUCUAUGUAUAGAAGAAUCAGAAUCGUGUGAAUUGUUAAACAAUUGCGGACAGAAUGCCGAAUGUAUAUCAGAUGAGGGCAGCAAUAAUGCAUAUUAUUGUUCGUGUAAUUCCGGAUUUGUGGGCGACGGCUAUACCUGUUAUGCAGAACUCAAUCAUCAAAGUUGUAAUCAAAUCAAUAACUGUCACACAAACGCCAAAUGUGUUUACGAUCCCAGAAGUGGACAGUAUUCGUGUCAAUGCAAUGAAGGCCUCGUUGGAGACGGCUUUCAAUGCACCCGAUCUUCAGGGGAAGUGAAUUGUAGUCCGGAUUCUAAUGUCUGUUCACCGAAUGGCGAAUGUGUUGUCGAUAUUGUCUCACAAAAGAGUAUUUGUAAGUGUAGGACAGGAUUCUUAGGCGAUGGCAUCAUUUGCUACAGAGGCGGCCCUUCUAUUGAUUCGAGUGAAUGUAAUCGACAACAGGAUUCUUGCGGUCGAAAUGCUCGAUGUCUUCACAAUAGUGUCUACAAUAAAUACGAGUGUCAAUGCAAUGAAGGCUAUUCGGGAGAUGGAAAGCAAUGUGUGGUGAAAGCGGACGCGACGUGUGAAGUGUUACACGACUGCCAUUCAAACGCUACCUGUGCUUACGAUCUUAAUAUCCAGCGAUACACCUGUCAAUGCAAUACCGGUUUUAAAGGGGAUGGAAAACAGUGCAAACAACUGGUGCUGUCGUGUAAUAUAGUUAACAAUUGCGAUGUGAAGGCUGAAUGCAAAUACCUUUUCGAUGCACAGGGAUAUCGGUGUCAGUGUAUCGAUGGCUUUAUUGGCGAUGGCUUUGGAUGUCGUCCGUCGAGAACUUGCAGAGAAGACCAGACAAUAUGUGACCGAAACGCCGAUUGCGUAUACGUUGAACAGAUGCUGACCCAUGUCUGCCAUUGUCGGUAUGGGUUCGUUGGGGACGGCUUUGAGUGCAGUAUUGCUCCCCGACAUGACGGCGAUUACUUAAUCUUCACUCAAGGCAUGUCUUUACUGCGAAUGCCAUUACAACCGACCAAAGAAGAUAAGGGAAAACUGCUGCUCACAAAACCGCAUCAAAUUCCUGCCGGUCUUGACGUCGACUGUUUGGAUGGAUUGGUUUACUGGACUGAUGUCGCCCACGGAGUCAUACAUCGGGCCUCUUAUAACGGCUCUUCGUCUGAAACAGUGAUUGAAGGCAUUCUCGGGUCACCCGAAGGAAUAGCCAUUGAUUGGGUUUCGAGGAAUAUUUAUUGGACCGAUUCACUGAAAGACACGAUUGAAGUCUCAAAACUUGACGGAAAAAUGCAUAAAACAAUCAUUAAUGAGGGGUUGAAUGAUCCGCGAGGAAUAGUCGUACACCCGGGCAGUGGCAAAAUGUAUUGGUCUGACUGGAGUCGGACGGCACCCAAAAUUGAAGUUUCCAAUCUGGACGGCACCGGCAGAACAGUACUCGUGAACACAGAUUUAGGUCUUCCCAAUAAUCUUGCCAUUGAUUUCGAUCGAAAUGACUUGUGUUGGACAGACGCCGGACUGCAUCGGAUUGAAUGCAUCGACUUAUACAGCAGUAGUCGUCGUAUUAUUCACACCCCGACGGCAUAUCCAUUUGAUUUGGCAAUCGUUGGGAAUAACAUUUAUUGGACGGAUUGGGAGAUAAAGUAUAUCCAAAGAGUUGACCGAAAGGGAGGCACUGCUGACCCCUUGGAGUUGCCAUUGGGUGGAAACGGAAGACUCUAUUCAAUAGUGACAAUUCCUAGACAUUGUCCGCGAAUUAGUAACGCGUGCUCUAUAAACAACGGCGGGUGCAGACACUUAUGUCUGCCUAACUCUCGGGGCCGCACCUGUAUGUGUCCCGACGACGGCGACCACGAGUCGUGCAAUCAAUUGAUCCCAAAGUGAUUUAUAAUUCAAUAUUCAUUUGAAUAAAAAUUUUGUUUUAUAUUAAAUAUAAUAAAUA